UUGGACUGACACCGAAACCGUUGUCAGCCCUGACGAGGCAGGUGUCGAUCACCUCUCCACAAACCUAUCCAGUGCUUUGAACGUCGUUGCCGCUGCCGAUCGGUGGCAGCGAACGAGCUCGAAGGAGACGCGAUGGCUGAGGAAGUCAUAGAGCGCCGGGCGUACGCUCGGAUCGGCCUCCUGGGGAACCCCAGCGACGUCUACUUCGGCCGCACCAUUUCAUUGUCCAUCGCUAACUUCUCCGCCACCGUCCGCCUCGAACCCUCCCAAGAUCUCGUCAUCCGCCCUCAUCCGUUCCAUGAUCUCGUCUCUUUCUCCUCCAUCCGGCAUCUGGUGAACCGUCUACAAAGUGAAGGCUACUACGGCGGGGUGAGAUUGCUCAUGGCUACUUGCAAAAUUUUCUACAAGUACUGUUGUGAUCAAAAUAUUGAGCUAAAAGAAGGAAACUUUACCCUAUCUUAUGAUACCAACAUCCCUCGUCAGACUGGACUUUCAGGUUCAAGUGCAAUUGUUUGUGCCGCCUUUAAUUGCCUCCUUGACUUCUACAAAGUUAGGCACCUUGUUAAAGUUGAAAUCCGACCUGACUUAAUUCUCAACGCUGAGAAAGAACUUGGUAUAGUUGCUGGUCUUCAAGAUCGGGUUGCCCAGGUCUACGGAGGCCUUGUCUAUAUGGACUUCAGUAAGGAACAUAUGGACAACCUUGGACAUGGUCUAUACUCCCCCAUGGAUAUUGGUCUUCUUCCUCCCCUUUAUCUUAUAUAUGCUGAGAAUCCAAGUGAUUCUGGGAAGGUGCACAGUUUUGUGCGUCAGAGGUGGCUAGAUGGAGAUGCAUUCAUAAGGUCUUCGAUGGAAGAAGUAGCAAAUCUAGCCUUAGAGGGUCGCAGAGUUCUACUUGAAAAGGAUUACACUCAGCUUACGUCCUUGAUGAACCGCAACUUUGAUCUUCGGAGGCAAAUGUUUGGAGAUGAUGCCCUCGGUUCUCUCAACAUUAAGAUGAUCGAGGUGGCUCGGAGCGUUGGGGCAGCUUGUAAAUUUACAGGCAGUGGAGGAGCUGCAGUUGCUUUCUGCCCAGAGGGACCUGCUCAUGUUCAACUUCUUGAGGAGGCCUGCAACAAAGCUGGUUUUACAGUCGCAAAGGUAGAAGUUGUCCCUCCUGUUCUUGGGGAGGAAGAUUUGAAAACAGUCUCAGUGAUGUAAAGUGAUGUAAGUCUAAGAGCUGCAAUCUCCAAUCUUUAUUUGUAUAUGACGCAUAGGCUAGUUUUCGUUGGAAUCAUUCGUCUCCAUGCGAGUUGGACUCGCAAAUGAACUCCAUUUUCUUUCAUAAAGGUUGAGUAACUUUUGAUUCUUACCCCUAGUGAUUGAAUUCAAGGUACAUUGUCUCGGGUGUGUUUGCUGUUUUUAUCACUCAGAGCAACUGCAUUGGAAUGUUAUUCAAAUAUUAUAAUGUUAUAUGAACGUUAAAAUCAA